ACGUGCUAUCGAAAAUUUUAUUACUGUUUGAUUAUCAGUAAGAGAUAGACAAGAAAGAUCUACGGGACGGAUUUUAAUAUAAACGUUAUGGAGAAGCAUAACAGGUUACUGCAGAUACAUCUGGAGAGGCCUCUCUAUGAACAUGAAGCAUUGAAUCAAAAUUAUCGUUAUGAGAAACCAAAAUCAUCCUUAAUACAAAGUACAGUAAACAACAUCAGAUCAAAAAAUUGGCAGUUUUGUGUAACAUCUGUUGUGCCAGCAAUAAAAUGGCUAAACUCAUACAAUUGGAAGGAAAACAUACUACCUGACAUAAUCUCUGGUUUAACUGUGGGAAUUAUGCAUAUACCACAAGGCAUGGCUUAUGCACUUCUGGGAAAUUUACCUCCAGUAGUCGGCAUAUAUAUGGCUUUCUUUCCUGUCUUGAUAUAUUUUUUCUUUGGCACAUCUAAGCAUAUAUCCAUAGGAACCUUUGCUGUGGUUUGCUUAAUGACCGGCAAAGUAGUAACGUCUUAUUCGACACCGCCUACGGAAUACGUAUCUGCAAAUAUCUCAAAUGCAGCUUCUGGAAAUCUCGAGGAUGUCACGAAUAUGUACGCGCCAAUGCAAGUAGCAACGGCGGUAACGUUGAUGGUCGGGAUAUUCCAGAUAAUAAUGUAUACAUUCCAAUUAGGCAUUGUGGCAACACUGCUUAGCGAAACUUUAGUGAAUAGCUUUACGACUGGAGCUGCAGUUUAUGUCUUAAUAUCUCAGAUCAAAGAUCUUCUUGGUCUUAAACUGCCGAAGAAGAAGGGGUAUUUUCAGUUAAUUUUUACUGUUAUAGACAUAUUCAAAGAAGCGAAGGAUGCAAAUAUAGCUGCUGUAAUAGUAUCAAUCAUAUCAAUUAUUAUCCUUGUUAUCAAUAAUGAGUUUCUAAAGCCACGGAUAAGUAAGAAAUGUAGCAUACCAAUACCGAUCGAGCUCAUCGCAGUUGUCGGUGGAACAUUAGUCUCGAGAUAUUGCAAUUUAUCAGAGCUUUACAAUAUUAAAAUUGUCGGACCUAUUCCUACAGGACUUCCUAAAUUAGAAGUGCCGAAUAUGGAAUUAUUGCCUCUGGUAGCAGUGGACAGUAUCGCAAUAACCGUAGUUUCGUACACUAUCACUGUGUCAAUGGCACUGAUAUUCGCGCAGAAGCUCAGCUAUGAGAUAAAUACGAAUCAAGAAUUUCUUGCGAUGGGCGUCAGUAACGUGGUGGGCUCUUUUUUCUCGUGUAUGCCGAUUUCAGCCUCUCUAAGCAGAUCGCUCAUCCAACAAGCUGUCGGAGGACGUACGCAGAUAGCAAGCGUCGUGUCCUGCUUAUUAUUACUUGUUAUACUCCUGUGGAUCGGGCCGUUCUUCGAACUUCUACCGAGAUGCGUGCUGGCCUCCAUAAUAGUUGUAGCAUUGAAGGGAAUGUUCAUGCAAGCCAAGCAACUUGUGAAAUUCUGGAAGCUGAACAAAACCGAUGCCUUGAUUUGGAUAGUGACGUUCUUGGUAGUGACAUUGGUUAACAUCGAUAUCGGAUUAUUAGCCGGAUUACUCGUUUCGCUCAUUAUUAUUUUACUGCAAACUAUUCGAUCUUACACGUGUCUGCUGGGCCACAUACCGCAUACAGAUCUAUACCUGGACUUAGACAGAUAUAAAGCGGCGGAAGAAAUCCACGGGAUCAAAAUAUUUCGCUACAGCGGCACUCUGAACUUCGCCAACAAUAGCCACUUCAAAUCUGUCGUGUACAAGCUAGUGGCCAUAUGUCCGCAAGAAGUGAUCAAACGUAGAAAGAAGUUAGUAGAGGAAGGCCGUUUCUUGGACGACAAAAGCACCGAUGACAGAAAAGAAUUGCGGUGCAUCAUCAUGGACAUGAGUGCGUUGAGUUACAUCGAUCCCAGUAGCGUUCACGUGUUGCAUGUGAUUGUGGAAGAGUUCAAGCAGGUGAACAUUGAGUUCUACUUCGUCAAUUGUCUCAGUCCUGUUUUCGAAAUGAUAAAGAAGUGCGAUACAUACGUGUACGGCGCGAUAUCAUUUAAGAUUUUCGCUACCGUGCAAGACGCCGUCGUUCAUUUCCAGAAUGAGGUCGCCGCGAGAUAACCAAGAAUAUCUGUUAUCUAUUAUAUCACGUGCAAGCCGUAUUUUUGAUAUUCAUGUUAUGCGUACAAUAGGUGGAAAGGAAUGUAUAGUUGUUGUAUUUUGCGCUGUUGUUACUCCUCCUUAUAUCUCUAUAAGAUACUUAUAUUUUUUGAUGUUGAUAAGAGACGAGAUAUUUUCAAUCGAUGCCAAAAAGUUUUCGCAAUAUAUUGCGAAAAAUCGUAGCUUUAUAUUAUCUAGAAUGUGUCAUACAAUUUGCGAUUUUAAUUAACGAUGACUUCUUUCAUAAAUUUAGAAUCAAUUUUUCGCAAUUUCGUUUUUGACUUUAAGCGAUCGCAAGAAAAAGUCGCUAAUUGUUGCACGUUCUACAUAUAUUUUAAUAUUUAGAGACUGUUUUGGAAACAAAGUGAUACAAAUGUACUUCACAAUUUAUGAACUUCUCUACGAAUUAAUACACAUUAUCAUUAUGUUGGUUGAGUAAUAAGUAAAUUUCUUUAUAUUAACUUUUAAGACUUCAGAGUGGUCGCUGCGGCCAUAUUGAAUUCGUGACACUAUAAGCGAUAAAUAACACGUUGAGAAACAUUGCGUGCUAUUUGCAAAUAGAUAUUUGGAUAAAACAACACUUGAGAUCGCUUGAAGAUAUUUAUGAAAAUGGACGAAAACUCUCCCUUUCCCUCUUGACAGUCAAUAAAUAGUUGUAAAAGGCACAUGAAAUAAGGUCCUAUUCAUGUAAGAAAACACACACAGUUGUUGAAAGAAGUAGAAAAUAUGUUCCUACGCAUAAUAUUUCAUGCUAAUCUUGAUUUUCGUCCAUUUUUACAGAUUUAAUAAAUAUAUCAUAAAUCACACCUACACAAUUAAGCAAAUAAUAGGGAAAUGGCACGUAACACAAAAUUUUGUUAUUACCAUGCUACUCUUCACGUAUAAAUGCGAUCCAGAGAACACUACAAAUGCUUCGAAGCGUUUCUCCUUCUUUUUUUUCCUUCAUUUGGGCCCAAAAGAUAGAUGAAGAAGAAAUGCUUCGAAGCAUUUGUAGCGUCUGCUGAAUGCAUUCUAUCAAUUCAUCCUUUUGUCGUUCUGAACUGUAUCUCGCUAAUGUCAACGCGGAGUUUUUUGCUGAAUACUCUGGAGUCUUGAAAGGCUUUCUUAAGUUAAUUUAGAGACUCCCAAGAACCUCGUAUUAAUCUUAUACUAAAUUAGAUUCCAGUUAAAUCAGUUACUUUUCAUAUAUAUUGUAGCUUAUGACCUACUGAACAAAAGAUACAAUAGAUUCAAAACUAAAUAAUGAGCAAUAAUUGGCCUACAGCCAGUCAAACACGAAAAACGGGAUCUGCGAGUAUUGUUUGAGAACAUUGGAAUAUAUCGAAAAUUUCAUAGGAAAAUCGUAAUUUUUAUUGAUCCCUCGAGAAAUUUCAUACAUGCUUCAUAUGUGGAUUCAUAUAAUCGUCUAUGACUCCUAAUCUAAUUAUAUAUGAUUAUAUAAUAUAUAUAAUACUAUUGAAGAUACAAACUUACGACUAAAAGACAAUAUUUGAUUAUAGGAUAUUUAAUCUUUAUUCUUGGCAUAACCCAGGACUAACGUUAUGGACAUGAUAGAGAGUUUGUCCGCGUGCGUGUGUUAUAGCAGAGAAAAGGAUUUCAUAGUUUAUCAUUCCCACAUUAUUUAAUGAUUCCAAAUCCUCUCUGUCGUGUGUGUGUGUGUGCGCAUGCGUGCGUGCGCGCGAGAUCAAUCCUUUACUACGUCCUUGUUGGUCCUAAGUUAUGUCAAAAGCAGGGAUAUCGCACAAAACAUCAUAUAAAGUUUUGUCUUAUACAUAAAUUCAUAUCUUCGAUUGUAUUAUACAGGAUGGCCCACGUAAAGUAUUACGACAGUGUAUUAAAUAUUCGAACGGUUGACCAUUCACAUUUAAACACUUAUUAAUUCUUUUUACAAAAUUUUGUCUAACUCUAAACAAUAUUUCUGAGGUCACGUUAGCGUAAACUUCACGUAUUAUUCCUUUUAAGUCUUCUUUCAUCGCAGGUGAGACACGUGUACUACGUGUGUUUAUGCCAUACCUCAUAUUCUAAGUCUCAUAACAGAAACAGACCUCUGAAAAAAUUACCACUAAAUGUGAGAAAUAUUUAAAGGUUUAUAACUUUUCAUAGAAACAUUUUUCAAAAAAAUGUUCCAGAUAAAGUUUACUUAUUUUUUCCCGUAGAAUCCAAAUAUGUAACAUUUUAUAGAAGGUUUCAUUUGAAGUUUACCCCUCUCUUCCCUUUAAAAGGGAGUAGAGGAGAAUUUUAGUUUACAUAAUUGGAAAGAUCCCUCGAAUACAUGAAACUUUCUCAUAAACAACUUUUUGAUAUGGCAAAUAUUUUUAGAGUUUUUAGGUUGUAAUACUUUACGUGAAGCCACCCUGCAUAUGAUCGUGCAUAAUUAUACAUGAAAUCAUAUAUGAUAUGAUCAUAUGUGAAUUCACAUGUAAAGUAUAUCUGGAAUUUCUUCUGGAGUCAAUAAAAAUAAUGGUUUUCUUAUGAGAUUUUCGAUAUACUCCAGUAUUCUCAAACAAUAAUCGUAAAACUCGAAUUUUUUAUUUGACUGGCUGCAAGCCAAUAACUGUCCAUUAUCUAACUUUUAACUUGUUACAUCCUUUGUUCAGCAGAUCAUAAGUUACAAUAUAUGUGAAAAUCAGCUGAUUUAAUCGGGACUCAGUUUCACAUAAAAUUAGUGCGGGGUUCUUUCUUCAUGAUUCUAAUAUAAUAAGUUUUCGGAUUGGUAUUCAUUAUUGCGUCAAUAUCACCAUCUUUUAAACCAGGUCAUCCAAAGCAAGACUCAUCGAGAUUGAAAUAUCCCGUUCUUAAAUUUGUUUAACUAUCGCUGAUAUUUUCUAACAUUUGUAGCUUCACUGCCAUAUAAUACCGUAUAAUACGCUGCCGUAUAUAUAAAUAUUAUUUGUUACCGUAAUCAUAUUAUCUUCUUCUCUAAAUUCAUAUAACAUUGCAUGUGUCUUAAACGUCUUUCCGAAAAAUUCAUUCUGAUUGAUGCUAAUAACUUAAACAUAACCAAAAAUAUACAAACCAAAAUAAAACUCAUUAAAUUAUUGUAUAAUGAACUUUCAUUCGGACAGAUCGGUGUACUAUAUAGGGUGAUUCAUAAAUGCAUGUCCAUAUUGCAGGGAAUGAACCUACAUAUUAAAAUAAGUAAAAAAAACGUCAUAUAAACAUAUGUCCUACAUAUAUAUUUUAGUUUUCGAGUUAUAGAUGAUUAAAGAAAAUGUUUGAAACAUAAGAAAGCAGGGUUUUUAACAUGUUAUCUCAGGAACCAUUUGCUAAAUGUUCUUCUUAAAAUGUAAUCUGCUUCUUAAAGGUCUUGUACACAUUACAGAUGAUAUGGAUAAAGCUGCUGUUUCGCUAUACUGGAUUAAGAAACAUUAUGAACCGCAACUAUUCUCUUUGUCGCUUAUCGCUGGAUAUGCAGCAACUUCGUUCCUCUUCGAUCCUCAUAGGCACUCUUCGUGGUCGUGCUUACCACUUAAACGUACCAUUUUCUCAAAGCCAUCUAUCAAUGGAAGAAAACGAUCCGUAAUACUGUGUUGCGGAAAGUGUUAUUGGUACAACCGACAUGCUUCACGUUCAUUUUUAUUAGCACGUCCAUAUAUCAAAUGUAUCGAUGCUAAUAACUUAAACAUAACCAAAUACAUUUCAGCAUAAGUAUAAGUAAUACAUUAUCAUUUUGUCGCUUUUAGAAUAGUAAUGAAUUCGCGAGAAUAAGAUGCUGACUACCUGAAAUUCUGCUUGAUUCGUAUUGUUGGAUAUUGUUUGUAAACAUUAGAUAAGAUCAAGAUGUAUUAAGGCGUACAGUGGCAUGUGUUGACAUCCGAGGCAGGCACUUGGAACAUUUUCUUUAAUCAUCUAUAAAUUGAAAACUAAAGUAUGUAGAAUAUAUAUUUGUGACUUUUUUAUUUAUUUUAGUGUUUUCAUCCCCUGAAAUAUGGACAUGCAUUUAUGAAUCUUAGAGUCGGUCAUAUACGACUUAUCAUCCUUUAGAUUAAGAAUUUAUACUAUUUUCAACUUUACAUCUAUAUACAUAAGAUCAAAAUCAUUCUAGCAAGAGCCAUUAUAAUUAGAACUACUUAUGCGGUUUUCUAUCUUAUGCAUUUUUUUCCUUUUCGUUGAAGUUAUAAGCGCAAUUGGGCACGGUUGUAAGCUACUAUUUAUGAUUUUGCAUGAUAAUCAGUUGUGACAAGAGUCAAAUGACAGUGUAAGGUAUAAAUAUUUUAUCGUACUUUUACUAUAUUUUUAUUUGAUAUAUGAAAAUAUUUAUUUUCCCUGAAUUUUCUGCUACACUUCUGCGAUCAGAUGUCUCUUAUACUAUUACUUCGACUUCUGUAAUACCGCGUAAGUGUACUCAUGAGUAGUGAUUUGCAAUCAUAAUCAUUUGAUGCAUCUAAUUUAAUUGGAAAAACCAUAUGCAAAUGAAUAUACUUUCAAAAUAGUUUGGUUCCCAUUGGGAACUAAUCAAAAAUAAGUUCUCUCAUUGAGUUAUCGGUUAUAUAUUCCAGACUGCAUCGGACAAAAUAUUCAGACUGUAUUGUAAAAUAAAAUGUACAACUUGUAUUGCAGUGCGAAUAAUAGGAAAAAUGUUAUUUACGACUCAACUCAAUAUCAUCUAUAAUAUAAUAAUGAUUAUAUAAACAUUGUUACAUUAUAGGUAUUAAUUGAGUUUACUUAAGUUCGAUCGAUUCGAUCGCCACAUUGUGAUGUACUUACACUGUAUAGUUAUAAAAAAAUGUUAAUGUAAGGAGAGAGAGAGAUAUUAAGAAUUACAACAAAUAGCGUAAUCGAGCAAUCGAUCUGUUUAUUUACAGCGAUUACCCUAUGUACAAGGUAACAGAUUAUCCUAGAUAACUGUCAUCGCUGAAUUAAGUUUUAGUUUUAUUGUGUCUUUGAAUUAUAGAUCCUGUAACAUCUCUAUACGCCUAUUCGUAAGACACAAUAGUUUCUUUUUUGUUUUCUAAUUCUGCGGCAGUGUUGCCCUUCACUGAUGGUGUGUAUCAUAUAUGUUGCGGAAUAAAUACUCAAAAAAAAAAA